AUGAAAAUUACUUUAGAAAAAAUAUUUUUAAUAUUAUGUUUUUUUUCACAUGUUUUUUCAACUCAAGUUAUUAUUCAGGAUUUUUUAAAGGAAAGAAAAGCAAAUAAUGGUAUUAUUCAGUUAAAUAGUAAAUCCAUUAAUUCUGUUAUUACAAAACCAAGAAACUACACUAUGGUUAUUAUGUUUACUACAACAGAAGAACAAUACAAUUGUAAUCUUUGCAAAAAAUUGGAGCCUAUUUUUAAACUUGUUGCAAAAUCACAACAUAAAACAUAUCCUAAAUCAGAAGAAUUAUUUUUUGGAAUUCUUGAGUUUUCAGAUGGUCCUGAAGUAUUUGAAAAGCUUCAAUUAACAGCAGUUCCUGUAAUUAUGUUAUAUCCUGCAACUAUAGGACCUAAUGCUUCAAGAAAAAAUACACCAUAUAUUUUGAACAUUAAGAGCGGAGAUAUUUCAUCUAAUUGGUUGGCUCAAAUUAUUUCACAAGAAACUAAACAGCCAAUACGUAUUAUUCAGUUUAUAAAUUAUGGGAAAGUAUUUUUCUAUGCAUUUAUUACUUUUUUAUCAGUAGUUUUUCUAAGAUUAAUUCGUUCUUUUGUAUUUUUUAUUAUAACUAAAAAAGAAUUAUGGCUAAUUUUAUCAUUGGCUUCUAUUUUAAUUUUUAAUUCUGGAUAUAUGUUUACUCGAAUUAGAAAUAUUUCAUUUAAUGGAUAUGAUAAUGAUAUUCCAAUAUAUAUUUUAGAAACUUUUAAUAGUCAAUAUGGCAUAGAAUCUCUUAUUAUAUCUACAACAUGUAAAAAAUUCUAA